AUCGAAAUCUGCUCCGCUCUAGGGCAGUUAUUAUCAUGUCGCUCCUAGAGUACAGAUAUCUCUCUGACCUUCGCUCUUCCGUUGACUGCUGUGUGCUGCUAUUGCCUGCUUGAACUCCUUUCGCACACCACCUUCCUCCCGAAAGAAACCCCGCCAACGCAGCUUCACAACCCUCUACACAAGCUACGAACGAGAUGACGCAGCUUCUUAAAGGCAAAUCUAUGGCCAUUACUGGCGGCGUUACUGGCAUUGGCCGUGCUAUCGUCCUUGGUUACCUUUCGCACGGUGCCAACGUCGCAGUCAACCAUUUGGGCGACCCUAAGUCCUCUGAGCAGUACCAGUCUCUCGUGAAGGAGGCUUCAGAAGGUGGAAACAGAUUGAUCGAGAUAUCUGGCGAUGUAGGCGAUCCAGAGACUGGCAAGAAGCUUGUGAAGGCAGUUGUCGAGAAGUGGGGCCGGCUGGACAUCUUUGUGAGCAACGCAGGCAUCUGCGAGUUCAAGGAGUUCCUAGACAUCUCACCAGAACUCUGGAGCAAGACCGUAAACACCAACCUCACAGGUGCAUUCAACACGAUCCAAGCAGCUGCGAAACAGCUCUCUACACAAUCACCACCGGGUGGCUCGAUCAUCGGUAUCUCUUCUAUAUCCGCGCUCGUCGGUGGCGCACAGCAGGGUCAUUACACACCCACAAAGGCUGGUGUCUUGUCUCUCAUCCAGUCAUCUGCUUGCGCACUUGGCAAAUACAAUAUUAGGUGCAACGCGCUCCUGCCAGGCACAAUCAAGACACAACUGAACGAGAAGGAUCUUGAAGAUGAUGAGAAGAGGAAGUACAUGGAGGGCAGGAUACCCUUGGGCAGGACUGGUAUGCCAAACGAUCUCGCCGGACCGGCAGUGUUCUUGGGCAGUGAUCUAAGCUCAUAUGUCACUGGUGCCCAGCUGUUGGUUGAUGGAGGUCUUUUUGUAAAUCUGCAGUAGACAAGCUUAUGCAAAGAUUAUAGUAUAACAAAAGUCUUUUGAAUACAUUCUCCACCUCAGUAUUACCAAUGUCUUCACAAGGCCCUUUUUGAGCGGCUUGUAAGUCUGUGAGGAUUACGCCGCGCACUGAGACUGCUCGCACGCAGCAUCUUUCCUGCCCUGACGGCAUGUUCCCUCAGAGUUGAACAUCAUACGCCCUGCUCCCCGC